AUGCUUCCCUCAAUCUUUCGCAAGCGCCAUGAGGUUGAAGACAUAAUACCCAUCCCCGAGCCUGUCGGGGGGGAAUCGUCGGGCGUGGAUCACCUCAAACACCUCGCUGCUUUCGAAAAGGCACACAAACUCGACCCCAACCUGUCCAUGGACGAGUUGAAUGAUGUCGACGCCGCACUAGCGACUGGCAAUGCCGAGAAGGGCAUCGAGAUUGAGCAUGCUUUAAUGGAAGACAACAGCCCCUAUCCGGAGGUCCGAGCUGUUGUACGAAACUAUGAUGUGGACGUACCCGCCAACACAGUCCGAGCUUGGGCGAUAGGGUUGUUGCUGUGCACCUUGGGUUCGGGAAUCAACAUGCUCUUCUCCCUACGGAAUCCUAGUGUUGCUAUUACGACUUAUGUUAUCCAACUUAUUGCGUAUCCCAUUGGUCGUGGCUGGGACAUGGUUAUGCCCGACAGAGUUUGGAAUGUUUGUGGCAUAAGCUUCAACUUGCGACCCGGAAAGUUCAACUUCAAGGAGCAUGUGGUUAUUGUUGCCAUGUCUAACGCUGCUUACGGAGGGGGUGCUCUCUACGCAACUGAUGUUCUCUUGACGCAAAAGAUAUUUUACAAACAGGAGUUUGGUAUUGCCUUUCAGCUGCUCUUCGGCAUUACCACUCUUUGCACCGGCUAUGGCAUGGCUGGUCUUGCGCGCCGCUUCCUGGUCUGGCCUGCCGCCAUGAUCUGGCCUGCCGACCUUGUCAACUGCGCCUUGUUCUACACGCUUCAUGAUCAUUCGCGCUCGGAUCCGUCAAAGACGAAUGGUUGGACCAUUGGUCGCUACAAGCUGUUUCUCAUAGUCGGCUGCGCAGCUUUCGUAUGGUAUUGGUUCCCCGGCUGGAUAUUCAAAGGUCUGUCAUACUUUGCUAUCGCCUGCUGGAUUGCACCCAACAAUGUCGCUGUCAACAAAAUAUUCGGCAACAACCACGGCUACGGGCUCAUUCCUUUGACCUUUGAUUGGACCGUUGCCACUGGUUUCCUAGGAUCGCCGCUCAUCCCCCCCUUCUACGCUAUUGUCAACGUCUUGGCCGGCAUCGUCUUCUUCUUCGUGAUUGUGUCCAUGGGUGUACACUUCAGCGGCACCUGGUACGCCGAUCACAUGCCUGUACAGUCGUCGGAGGCCUACGACAGCACUGGCAACGUAUACAACGUUUCCCGUAUCCUGGACAACAACUUUACCUUUAACGAAACGGCGUACAAAGCGUACUCGCCCCUGUACCUAUCCACCCAGUUUGCCCUCGCCUACGGCCUAUCUUUCGCCGCCAUGUCCGCUGUUAUCGUCCACGUUGGCCUUUAUCAUGGGAAGGAGAUCUGGAGGCAGUUUAGAAUGGCACGUCACCAAGAAGACGACGUACAUAUGCGCCUGAUGAAGAAGUAUCGCGAUGCCGAGGAUUGGUGGUAUGCCGCUCUUUUAGUCGUCAUGGUCGGCAUCUCCUUUGGUGUCGUCACAGGAUGGCCAACCGGAUUUCCUGCGUGGGCUUUUGUCGUCUGCUUGCUGCUGCCAAUUAUAUGGCUCAUCCCAAUUGGUCUUAUUCAGGGCAUCUCCAACAUUCAGCUCGGACUCAACGUACUGACCGAGUUCAUCAUUGGUUAUAUGGUCCCUGGCAAGCCCAUGACCAUGAUGAUGUUCAAGAACUACGGCUACAUUUCCAUGUCCCAAGCACUGUAUUUUGCCCAGGAUCUCAAGCUUGGCCACUACAUGAAAGUUCCACCUCGCGUCAUGUUUUCGUCGCAGCUCGUCGCCUCGAUCUGGUCCGCCAUAGUUCAGAUUGGAGUCAUGAACUGGGCCCUCGCGAAAAUCCCCGACAUCUGCAGCGAGAAGCAGAAGGACGGCUACAGUUGCCCCAGCGGACACGUCUACUACACGGCGUCUGUCAUCUGGGGAGCCAUCGGCCCGGCCCGAAUAUUCAGCCACGGGGCUACCUACGCGAGCCUGCAGUGGUUUUGGCUUGUCGGUGCAGCGACGCCGAUUCUCACAUGGCUGCUGGCUAGACGAUGGCCCCGGUCCAUCUGGCGAUAUGUUUGCACUCCCGUCAUCUACGGCGGGACUGGCUUGCUGCCCCCCGCCACCGUGCACAUCUUCCUCUGCUGGGGUGUGGUGGGGAUCGUGUUCAACUACUUUAUCAAGCGCCGCUACACCGGCUGGUGGUUACAAUACAACUACAUUGUCUCUGCGGCAUUGGACUGCGGCCUCAUCAUCAGCACGCUCGUCAUCUUCUUCACGCUGUACAUGACAAACGCGAGCGCGCCCAACUGGUGGGGAAAUGACGGUAUGACAGAUACACUUGACUGGAGGGCAAGCGCCAUAUCCAAACCUCUUGCGCCGGGUCAAACGUUUGGGCCUGCAGUCUUUCCUUAG